CGAGCCACAGCAGCAGCAACAGCGUCCAAACCAAACCGCCGCGGAGUUCCGACUGAGCCGUUGUCCCGCAGACUGACAAACUGCAGCUUCUUUCUUUUUAUUAUUUUUUUUCGACAGACGGAAACAGCGGCCAUGGAGGAGCAGGCGCGUUACUUCUUUUGGGCGCAACUUCUCGCAGCUUGCCUGGUGUUUGGGGUGAAAGGUGACCUCUGUGAAGUGAACGUUUGCAACCACGGGGGAACCUGUGUGACCGGCACCGGGACUCCGUUCAUUUGCAUCUGCCCCGACGGCUUUUCAGGUGAAACCUGCAAUGAGACUGAGACAGGGCCUUGUAGCCCCAACCCCUGUCAGAACGACGGCGUCUGCGAGGCGACUGGCCAGAGCCGGCGCGGUGACGUCUUCACUGAGUACGUCUGCAAAUGUCAGCCCGGCUAUGAAGGAGUCCACUGCCAGACCAGUGUCCAGGGAGCAAAUCUAAACUCUACAAAAGACGUAAACGACUGUGCCGACCAGCCGUGUGAGAACGGCGGCACCUGCCGGGACUUGGACGGAGACUUCAAAUGCCACUGCCCCUCUCCCUAUGUGGGCAAACAUUGCCAACUGCGCUGUAUUUCUCUCCUCGGCAUGGAGGGCGGGGGCAUCGCCGAGUCCCAGAUCACAGCCUCAUCGAUCCGCUACACCAUGCUGGGCCUGCAGCGCUGGGGCACGGAGCUGGCCCGCCUCCACAACAAGGGACUGGUCAACGCGUGGAGCGCUGCUCCUCAUGACAAGAACCCCUGGAUACAGAUCAACAUGCAGAGGACGAUGCGUUUCACGGGCAUCGUGACGCAGGGUGCCAGUCGCAUCGGCACAGCAGAAUUCAUCAAGGCCUUCAAAGUGGCUUCCAGCCUGGACGGCAGGACGUACACCAUGUACAGGACCGAAGGACAGAGAAGGGACCAGAUUUUUGCGGGGAACGUGGACAACGACAGCACCAAGACCAACCUGUUUGACCCCCCGAUCAUCGCACAGUACAUCCGCAUCAUCCCUGUUGUGUGUCGCAAGGCCUGCACCCUGCGCAUGGAGCUGGUGGGCUGUGAACUCAAUGGUUGUUCGGAGCCCAUGGGCAUGAAGUCUCGCCUGGUGUUGGACCGCCAGAUCACGGCUUCCAGCACCUUCCGCACCUGGGGCAUGGACGCCUUCACCUGGCUGCCGCAGUACGCCCGGCUGGACAAGCAGGGCAAGACCAACGCCUGGAUUCCCGCCACCAACAGGCGGUCUGAGUGGCUGCAGGUGGACCUGUUGUCUCCCAAGAGGAUAACAGGGAUCGUCACUCAGGGAGCAAAAGACUUCGGCUCUAUCCAGUUUGUUUCAUCGUUCAAAAUAGCCCACAGUAAUGACGGAAGGUCCUGGACUGUGCUGCAGGACGAAACCACGCGCAAAGACAAGAUCUUUACCGGCAACAGCGACAACAACGUUCACAAGAAGAACAUCUUCGAGCCGCCGUUCUACAGCCGCUACGUCCGCGUCCUGCCCUGGGAGUGGCACGAGCGCAUCACCCUUCGGAUGGAGCUGCUGGGCUGUGACGAGUAGCACAGUCUCUGCUCUACGUCCACAUCACAGCCCCCACCCUGCCCCAAUCCUCUGUUCUUUCCUCCGGAGCCAUACCUGCACUGCCUUGCUCUCAGCUCUAGGGGGCAGCAAAUAAUAGCGUAGCACCCCACCAAAAGCCUGGCUGGUCAGAGGUGGGAGUCGUUGCCCCCCUAACCACUGUGAGCAGAAUCUCGAUUCAGCUAAACUUGCCUAUUCUUUUUUUGUUGCUUUGUUUUUCCUGUUUUGAAUCAAAUCGCUUCAAGAAGCAGAGCGAGGUCCGCUCUUAUCCCCCUAUGUUUUAUGAAAUAAAAGUGUUGACUUCCUCCUCCUUGUGUCAGAAGUCAGGGCGACUCAGUCGGUGCUGCUUGAACUCUGAUCCUGGAUCAGCUCUACCUGGAACAGCAAACCUCAGAGACCCACAGCUGGUGAUGUACAUAACCCAACCUUCAGUCCAGCACUUACUGUCCCUUCAAAUCUGUAUGUAGAUUAUCUCUAGACGACGCGUUGAGGUGUACAUAUAUGGUAGUUUUAGCCUAAAAAAAAAGUAUUUUAGCUAGAAACCUGAACGUUUUAUGAACAUGCUUGCUGUGAUUCUGUUAAGUAAAUUAAAUAGUGUUUAUAAGAGUUUUAUAUUGGUGAAAAAUCUAAAGUUUAUGUUCCUCUUCCUUGUUUUGUGAGGUUUGACAUUCAGAGAGUAAACUCUGUAUUUAUGAAUUCCUCAGGAAGCAUUAAAAUUUUUUAUUUUUUUUUUAACAAAAUUCUGCUAAACAUAUGUCUGAAAGUAUUUGUAAAAUCUGGCUGCUUGACUCCUCCCACUGUGGUUUAUUCUCAAGAUGCCAUAUUUGUGAAACCCAAAGUGAUGUUGACGCUCGUAACAAAAGAGGAAUGUUGAGUCGUUGUUGGCUGUGAUUGGUUACUCAAUUAUCACGCUCAGUUCCAGAGACCAAACAAACACCCACACUGAUCAGCUAUUGGAAACAAAGGGAGGAUGAUGACUGCAGGGCCAUAAAUUUAGUAAAAUGCACAACAACUUUCAAUCAGAGCAAUUUUCAAACUAAUGCAUCAGCCGUGUUAUUUCUGACCAAUGUCUUUUUUUUGUUUUUCCCAAGUUUACUCUAUCAGUUCCUUUUCUUUUUUUUCCCCCCCAUGCUGCCUAAAUAAAUAAAAUAUUUGGUGUAUGACGACAUAUCAGGGCCGCGCUAAGGGAAACAAAAAAAUAUUAAAGUAAAACGCGAGAAGUGGACAUGAUGCGGUAGGUCGUAGCACAAGAUGUCCAAACAUCACAAAAUCAUAAUCAUGAGUCGAAAUAUCCCGAGAAGUCGUAACAUCUCGAGAAUAAAGUUGUAAUACUACGGCUUUGUUACUUUAACUUUGUCCUUGCAUGACUUCUUGUAAUUUUACGACUUUGUUCUCAUAUUUUUUUCUUCAUUUCAAAAGCUAUUUAGUCAGUUUUUCAUCAAAACAGUAUCAAAUUCAGAGACUAAAGACUGUGGGUGAGGGAAAAAAGACUGAUGGGUGUAAUUUCAGGUUAGAGCCACUUUCCUCCACAUGUACCCUAAAUGCUACUUCUCCUCACUCUCUUCACUGUUUCCUGGUUGUUUCACUUUUUAUGGCACUUUGUUCGUGUUUCUUUAUUGGCAACUAACAAAAUAAUCUUGUGUAUUCAGUGUUAAAAUGUGGACCGUCACUUGUCCCUCGUUUAGGAAGACUGAGGGAGGCCUUUACGUUUUAUUAUCAUUCGGCUUGCCAGCGAUGGAUGUUAACGUUUGCCGCCUUGAUUUACUGUUUAUUUUGGGUCCACCGUUAUUCCUUCUAGUUCAACUAUAAAAGAAACCAAAUUAGAGCCGAUUGUUACGCUUUCGCCGGACCCGGCGCGACCUGCCAAAUCAUCAGCAUCCGCGGCCCCUCCCGCCGCCGCCGCAUCUAGACCCUUUCUCAUCCCAUGAAUUAUGAAUUUUGGGCUCGUGCAAUAUUAUACAGUGUUGGUUUUGAUAAUGAAUAUAAAUUCAAGGCGUUUAAAAAUGCAUGAGGGGACGGCCGCGCCACUGAGAUGCUGAUGUCAGACACUGUACAAUAUUUAUUACAGCCACCCUGUUCGCGUCUGCAUGCGUUUCUAUCGACAACGGCGACAUGAUUUCAUUUCCUCUGCGUUUAGGUCACCAUUUUUAGUUUUCUAUGAACGAUCAGUAAAAAAAAGAAAAGGAAAAGGCAUUGCUGUGUUUAAGAAUUCUAAAUCUAUUUCUUGACUUUUGAGUGGAUUUGAUGUUCGUUUUUAAUCCAAUGUUCACAAAAAAGACCUUUGUAUAUCCAAAGUUUAAAUAAAGAAUUUAAAACACAAUGUUAA